AAUAUACCAGUAUUGUAUUUAUGGUAUCAUAUUGUUUUUAUGGUAUUGUAUCGAAUUCUGGUAUCGAGUAUCAUGAUAUUUAUGGCAGGUAUCGUAUCAUAAUCGUGACAACCAGGGAGAGGCAGAACAGACUCAAGGAACAGAGUCAUGGCUCAGCAGAGCACGCAAGGCCCAAAAAAGGAAGUUGGUUCAUGAAUGACUUUAACCAUAUUAUAAUUAAAAUGUAUAUUAGUUAUUACUAUUAUUAUAGGGCCCGAACACUGACUUAGUCAGAACAGAGGACCUACUGUCCCCCCCUUGUCACCUUUUUUACCCUUCAUGAGUUUGCAGGUAUGAAUAUAGCAUUUACGGUCCCAGCUGACGUCAUUAUCACAGUUGCCAGCAGCAAAUCUGUGCGAACGGCUGCGCAGCCGCCCUGCGCAGCCAUCAGCCGCGCAGCCGCCCUGCGCAGCCGUCCGCCAAGGUGGACAGCGCAGCCAUUUCUUUGCCCCUCGUGAGGGGAAACAAACACGCACUCAGCGCGGUGGCGUCCGUCCAUCACGCAGGUAACUAAACCCGGCGCGCGGGGAGCCAUGACGGUGGCGGCACACGUCGAGGCCGAACACCACCGCCGAGCGAGACCCGCGAGCCGCAAACUUUCUCCCGACUCGACGCCUGCGCAGGCCAAACGGGCUCUCCCCCGCCGCUGUCCGUGUCCGUGUCGGCCAUGGAGGGGAACCUGCGAGGAGGAGGAGGAGGAGGAGGCUGCAGCGACGUCGCGACGAUGUACGUGAAGACCGAAGCGGUCGACGAGACAUCUGCGCUGGGUUUGGGCAGCCGAGAGUCGCCUGCGCCCUGCGGAGACACCGCAUGCAGAGGAGGGGGAGGGGAUCAGACUGCGGAGCAGCUGGCUGACGCCACCGCCACCCAGGUGCUGCUGUAUUCCGCGAGCACAGACCGCUUCUUCACCACAUCAGGGGAUGGAAAGACGUACCUGAAGAUAGCUCCAGCUUCAGCGAUGCCAGCGGCUCCCUCGGAGAAGACGCUCCCCUCCGGCUCCGAUUUCUCCUCCAAAGCCGUGUUGUGUCUGAUAGAGGCCGUCGGGCGCCGCUGGGGCCUGUACGAGACCCGGGAGCGCUCGCAGCUCUUCCAGAGCGUCCAGGAGGAGAUGGCCUCCAAGGGCCACGUGCUUCCUGUCGAGAAGAUCCGCCGCAAGUGGAACAACCUCAUCGUCACGUACAAGAGGGUAAAGGACCGCAGCCGCGAGACGGGCCACGCCAAGAUGUCCUGGGAGUUCUUCGAUUUGAUGGACGCGACACUCUGUGACACCGUCGGCACUCAGGUCGUCGGCAACAAGCGGCACAAGGUUCCCGCCCUGCCGGGCCCUCUGGCAAAGAUCGCCGCAAAACCGCAGUUCCCGCCACCGACCAUCAUCCGCCCUAACGGGGACUUCCCUUCAACCGGCGGCGUGGACUCGGCGGGCCACGGGGCCCCCGGCAUUCAAAUCAUCAGCAGCGCCGGCGCCGUGAGCUCAAUGGCUCCAGCGACCGCGAGCCCCACGAACGCUCCGGAGCUCAAGCCCCCGAUGGGGCUCAACAGCGACAUCGUGGCGACCAGCAUCCACCCGGCCGCCACCGUGCCGCCUCCGUCGUUCAUCUCCUCGCCUUGUUUCACAGAGAUGGCUCCGGCUCCCCCGUCCCUCGGCGCGCCGCGCCACGCGGUCCGCAAAGCGCCGGCGUUCUCGCCCGCCGUCGUGCCCUUUCGCCUCAACAGCAGGGCGCCGCCGAGCCACAGCCGCAACGUCCUCGGCCUCUCCUCCUCCUCGCCGCCGGCUUCCUCCUCUCUCGCCUCCUCUCUCGCCUCCUCUCUCGCCUCCUCCGCCGCGGCGCCGCAGGGAAGCGAAGGGCCGAGCCGGAGACGGAGCGAGGAGCGAAGCGGCGUGGCGUUGUUCCAGGAGGUGGUGAAGCGGCAGGAGGAGCAGGCCUACCUCGAUCGGGUGGCCCGCCGGCGGGCGGAGGCCAGAGAGAAGCGGCGCGAGAGGAGGGAGGUGCGCAUGGCCGAGUCCCUGGGCAGGAUCGCCACGGCCCUGGAGCUGCUCUCCUCCAAGCAGGACACCGUCAUCGCCCUCCUGCAGAGGCUGGCGGAGCGGAAGUGACCAACCCUCCCGCCACGCAGCGGCCAUUGGGGAGGUCACUCUCCUCGUCACGGCGUCAAAGACAUUUGAUGGAAGAAGCACACGAGCUGCUCACUUUUCUACAGUCAGCAUGAAGCGACAUGCGGUGCCUUUUGUAACAUGCUUUAUAUUUUAGUGCGUGACAGUUUUCUCCACACGCGUCAAAUAGAAAACCGCCUUGACCAUUCAGGUCGUUUGAAAGAUUUUGUCGGAGUGAUAAUUAGAAAAUGUAGGUUCACAUUGUCUUUAAGUCUUAUCCUGAAGGACUCAUCACUGGUCAUUGAACACAUCGCCAUAAGACUCUGUCUCCUCUUAGAUACCGAGCCCACUGGAUCUCCCAAAAGGCCUUUUCCUCUAGUCAACGAAGUCGCUGACAUAAUUGCCCACUAGGUGGCGCUGUUUAUCAACCAAUAAGUUUAGUUGAAGUUUUCAUACAAAGUACGACGAAUAUCACAUUCAAUUGUAAUUGUGUCCCAGUCGUUUACAUUGAUCAUGUGACCCUCAGCGAGUGUCUUUCAUUUGUUCAAUCAAUAAACCAACAGAAGGAAGGGCUCAUCAUCACCGUCCCAUAAAGCAC